GAGGGGAAGGUCGACAGGUCGAUUGUCCCGUGUACGGGUACGCGAGCCUUCCACGCCGCGUUCUUUCGAUUCUCCACUUCUACUCCAGUUACAUCGAUAAACGUCGCCAGUCAUUAACGGGGGAAAAAAAGUAACGCGCAGCGUUGCCAGCAAUCGACGAUAAAAAUUAACCGGAAGCUACCUGGCGGACACCCGAGCACAAUAAACCCGGUCGGGCGGCAAACGCGAAAAUAAAAUCACGAUACGGUCGUGCUCGAUCGAAUCCAGCGGCGCGAGUGAACGUUUUUCGUGACGGAACCGAGACCGAGCCGAACGAAUUACUUUCAACCGGAGCCUCGGAGGUGGGAGAAUCUCUACCUGGCCGGAGGAGAGCACCGCACCGCACAAUUCCGUAAUAUUUAUUUUCUACUGGCGGCUAGUGAGUCACUACCUGGCCGGCCACGGUGCGGCGAGCUGGUCGCCUCGCGUGUUCGCGUCCCUCUGCGCGUGGUUUCCUUGCGGACAGUGAGUUCACGGUGACGCUACGAACCAGUCCUGCGAGCAGGAGAACCGUCGCUUAAACUUGGACACGUUUCACCGUUACCGAAAUGGACGAUUAAUCUUCGUUCCGUUGGCUUUGUGUUCGAAGUGUUAAAGGAAAAUUCCGUCGUCUUUGACCGUGUUGGAUUCAUUUGCGGCUUGCACCCUUAAUCAAACCAAUUACAGAUCGUCGUAUCAUUAAUACAAUGUUCCAAUUUACCGGUAAAAAUGAGUGAGUGCAGAUUACCAGUUCUACAUGUUGUACACGUUUGACAUUUGUCACAGGUGCACGCUAAAAUCGAGUGCCCUAUGGAAUUAUAACAAAUUUAGCGCAAGGUGAUUUUGAAAGUGAUCGAAAACCGGUGCAAGGUAAUUUUACUUCAUUCUCAAGCUUCCCUCGUCGCUUUCAAGUUACGAAUAUUUGAAUUUGAAUUCUAAAUUUUGAAUUGUUCGAUUGGUUCCGGUCACCGAGGUUAACAACUAAAACCCAGUACAAGGGGCGUGAUAUGUAAAGACAAUAAAGCUCGCAAAUGGGUUAAGAAUGUACGGUACGAUGCUCUACAUAGGUCACGGAGAUUACAUCGACACCCGUAGAAACGGAAAACACAACAAGGAAACGCUACGGUACCCUGGACUCGUCAGUGCGACGUUACAGUGUUCAAUCAACGUGGGAUACUUCGACUGACGUUUGAAUCAAAUUCGUGCGUCGGCCGUUCGCGUAUAUCUCACCGGGGCUGUCGCGCAGCUGUACCGUGCGUGUGCCCCUGGAAACGUAUCGGGAACGGUUGUAGAAUCGGAGUACAGCUGUGUACGCUGCACCGCUGUGUUUUCAGGCGCGGUAACAUUGUUGACUUUCUAUCGGAGAAAUAUAGUUACCGUUUCGAGGUUUCGCAUGCAGUAACGGGGAAACGGAGCAGAACCACGGAAUUAGUCCCGUAACAGUUCGCUCCAUUUUCCGCGCGUAAACACCGCGUCGCAUUGACAAUUGGCCGAUCAGGUUGCCUUUGAUCGAACGCCGAUCGAUUUCGACCCGUCAAGACUACGAGGAUACCUAAUGUGCUAAGAAAAACAGUAUCCUUCACGGAGGAUCAUGUCGAUCGCCGCAACGAUCACAGCUGAUCGUUACUUCUAGCGAAAGACUCGCCGAUCAAUCACAGAACCUGUUCGGCCACCGAUGUCGCGUGGUGGGCUGAAGGAAAAAGUGAACUUAAGCUCGCUCGUUACCGUCGCUCGCGUCUCGCGAUUUAUUGACAACGUUCGAAGGUGAGCGCCGUGAGUCACGAGUCGAUUAUCGAUCACUUCGUUAUUCCGUAACAUUCCGCGAGCGAGCGUUCGAGUCACCGUUGUGUACGAAACGCGUCGCGCAGGUGAACUGUCCACGCUGCCAGCAGAUAAGGGAACGUUAUCGCUUCCAAGUACGAGGACUCGAGUGUCGCGUGCUCGGACGUCUGUGCCGCAUAAUCGAUACCUUUCCCGACUCUGCGGAUCGAAGGACGCCAAUUCUUGAAAGGGAUUGCUCUAGCUUCGAGAUAAACAUCGGAGGAAUACGCGGGAAAGUGUACUGUCGUUGCACGAGGGUUCCAGACAUGUGUUUACUUUUUAACGUCGAUCAAUCGCGGUAUGAAUAUCGAUCGCCACGUGACACCGAAUCGACUGGACGCCAGCUAGAGCCGUCGUGUUGACCGGUUGUUCAUUGUUGCUUGACUGAACGUUACAAAUGUUCCUGACGUACGACCGGCCGGCCACCUGGUCUCGUGUCUGUCGUUAGUGCCAGGCGACGUUAAAGGUCACGGCUCCGCCGGACACGCAACAUUUCAGUGACAGUCGCGAGUGCACGAGGACGCUCGGCCGCGAGAUGCUGCCCAAAAAGGAGGUGCAGCACGAGCCUUACGCUCUCGAGGACAUGAUCUCCGAUAUUCAAGCGAGACGGAACUCCUUGGACCAGGAGGACCUCGAAGACCCUGCCGAACUUCUGAAGAAGCGCGACAGGGACCUGGUCCUCGCGGCUGAACUCGGCAAAGCCUUGCUCGAGAGGAAUCAAGAGUUGACCAAGCAGAGCGAGGCCCUCGUCGAGGAGUUCUCGACGAAGUUGGAGAGCCUAGAACAAGAGAGGCACCUGCUGAGAAGAAGGCUCGAGGAAGUCAAGGGCGAGAGCGAAGCCAGAGUGCUGGAGCUUCAGGCCGACGUCGAGACGCUCAGGAGCCAGCUGGAGGAGCAGAAUGAGCGCGCGAGACGGGCGGAGCGCGAUCAGGCGACUCUCGUCACCGAGCUCACCGCUCAAAACACGAGGCUCGCCGAUCAGCUGAGAGAGGCAGCCAAACAGGAAGAGCAGCUGCUCAUCGAGGUCAAGGUGCUCAGGGAAAAGUGUGCCCUUCGAAGUACCACGCUCCAGGAUCACGUCAGCAGCCUGGAGGUUCUCAGGGACGAGGUGCAGUUAGUGUCCGCGCAAAGAGCAGAAUUAGAGAGGAGGUCCUUGGAGCUACGGGAGGAGAGGGCGAGGGCCAUGGCGGCCCUCGAAGAAGCCGAGGAGAGAGCAGCGGCCUUGGAGCGGCUCGGCCACGAGGCGGAGCACAGGGCGAAGCUCGCCGAACGAGAGAGGGACGAGCUGGCUGCGACGUUAGCGGUCAUCGAGGCGGAAAGGAGAGGCCGAUCGGACUCUAUACAGAAGCCGCCGAGGUCGUUGCAGGCUGAAAUGGAGUGCGAGGAGAGCGGAAGUUCGCUGGGGGAGCAGGAGGACCUUCGCAGCGAAGUGGCGAGGGCUGCGAAACGGUUGAAGGAGCUCUGCGUCCAUUUGAGGCGGGGGGAGGACGACUCCGGCCUGCAAAGCGACUGCGACGAGUCCAUGCUCGUGAUCAACACCGCGGAGGAGGUGACCACCAACGGUCGGGAGACUCUAUCCAGCACGCCGAACUGUCCCGGCGCUCUACUGGACAUCGUCGAGGAGGUGUACAACCUGGCACUGUCCGGAAGAGGAGCGCCAGGGGAGCUAGGUCUCGCCGUCGAGCUGCACAGGGUACGGGAAGAGCUGGAGCACACGAAAGAGCAGCUGAAGCAGACGCAGGACGAACUGAAGAGGCGCGGGGAGGCUCUGCUGGACAUGACCAGCAAGCUGAGCGUAUCCGAAGCGGAACUGCGCGGAGUGAGGGAGGAACGCGACAGAGCUCGAGGGGACAUGGAGCAUUCGCAGCUGACGAAAGACGAGGUCCUGGCGCAGGCUUACAAAGUCAGGGAUCAAGCGGUCGCCAGGAAGAACAGGGCGGAAGUGGAAUUGGCGAAAACGCGGAUAGACGUUCUCCAGGCUAACAGCCAGCUGAUGGAGGCGAUCCAGCAGAAGAUAGAGCUCAGUCAGCAGCUGGAGCAGUGGCAGAUGGACGUGCAAUCGCUCGUCGAUGAACAUGUCCGCAGUAAAAUGAUGCCAGUCGCGAACGCCAUCACCGCCGCGAACGGCGAGAACGCGGAGAUCGUGGCGCCGGCCAGGAAGAAGAGGAGCACCGGCUCGUCGCGGAAGAUGUUCGGCUUUUUUUGACGAAAGUGAUGGUUCGCGGCACGUGACAGCCAGGAAGGCCGGUGCACACGUUGAUUGAAGACUGCGCUCGAAGGGAGGUUCUUUCUCGCGUUUCAAGGAGUAUCAGGGACCAUUCGACCGCUCAUCGCCCCGGUUCAGGGGCAGACUGGUGACUCGAAUUCACGUAUUCGAGUCCGAAUUCUACGAUUAACCCGUCGCGAAAGAUGAGACGCUAGUUUCUACGACAGUUUCUAGAAAAUAGUCAUAUCGCGGACGGUUCGUAUCACUUUUUACGCGCGCACGCAUCCGAAAUACGGACGGCACAGACUUCAUCGUCCUCGGUAAAAGUUUCUCGCGGCUGUAAGACGCUUUUGCGCACGAAGUAUCUUUCGUUUUCCUUUUUAACGAAGUCGGAAGAAGGAUUAACGCGUUGCUACGUGGUAUCGCAACGCGAUAGAGAGUCCGAAACAGCGACCGAAGUUUCUUCCUUACGGCGCGAGCAAAUCAUUGAGGAAAGAAAGCGACAGCAACUCUCGGCCAGCUCGGGCGAGUUAAGCGAUCGCCAACGGUGAAGCGUGAACGCUUUUCAUUUCCCUUUGCGCGAACGUUUCGAGAAGUAAUGAUCAUUCCGGUAAUCGCGGUACGGCUCGUUACCGCGGCAAGAACGAUCUUUAACGGCCGUGUGUUUCUUAAGGAUCUCGUACGUUUCGCGGGUUCGAUCUUAUUACCGUGUCGAGCGAGAAGAAUAUAAGAGAAACCAGCGAACUUCCUAGUUCUUCUGACGACUGAUCGUACCCGCGCCGGCCUAAUGAAAGUCGAUCGUUGGCCUCGCGUCUGUAAAUAAACGGUUUUCGACGGACACUUGUCUUCGUAGGAGCGGAAUUUCUUUAUCGUUGAUUGGUGAGACAUUUUAUCGAUGUUACGAUCAGCGCUCUGGGUCGAAUUUACGACGUUACUGGUAGCCAGGAAAUUGAUCGUUGAAAAAUUAACCGAAUCGAUUUUUAGCGCCCGUUAUCGCGUCAUACUUUGCCUUUUCAAAUCGGUCUAACGUUUUAGAUGGAAUUGCCAUUGCGCGCGCGAUCGCAGCUCGAACGGCUGCAACGAAAGAAGCGAAAUCGGUCGACCAGACCGCGGCACUGUCGCCGUUUCGUGUAACGACAGUGCAACGACACUAGAGAAAUUUCCACGCGAAUCCGCGCGCCGGUCGAUCGCGAACGAUUCUUCUCUCGGCGCUCAAUUUUCAUUCCAGUCCGAACGGUUAGCUUUAAUUAACGAACGGUGUUUAACGAACAACGAAGCGGUCGCACGCGGAUCGCCAACGCGCGGCUCCGUCCUUUGUAAAUUAGCGGCCGGCGAGCCGCGAGCCUCGCCGAGAUUGUACGAUAGCUGUAUGGUUCGCGAUCUGAGCAAUUGUGACAACUUAUUUAUUUAAUAAAAGUCUGUUUUACGGAUGCGUUGUUGGAACACACUUGUAAAUACGUUCCUUGAGCCUCUUUACGGUUCAAGGUCUCGCGGUGAGUACCGUUCGUUGUUCUGAAUGAGAGCUUACAUCCAUCUGGCAUGAAUUUGUAGAGUUUCAUCGAGUUCCGCAGGACAAUCGAAGCUAUCUGAUUCUCUGGCGAAAUGUCGGGAACUUGUUUCCGAGAGAAGACGAUGCACGAUUCAGCGCAAUCGAACAGCAUUCGCUGCAGUUCACCGUGUUUUGAUGAAUAUUAUUUUAUCUUCGAUUGUUACUCUUUAGCGUUAGACUGAAAUCAUUAGUUCCUAUCCUUUAGGAUAAAUCCUCGAGUGACGAAACGUUUGAAGUGACUAAUUGUAAGAGAUCGUAGACUAUUGUAAUAAUUUGGUAAGAAAAAUGAACACGGCAAUAUUUCAUUACUAGUCGGCUUGGUGGACUUCAUACUAGACCAUCCAUAUUUCCUUCUAUUUAAAACUCUUCGUUCAACAAACUAAAUCGACGUAUCGCAAUAUAUUACCGUAUCGAGUUCCUAACGGAGUAGUCAACAACAACAACAACAGGAUUGAAAAGAAACAAAUAGGCAUUUAUUCACAAGAGGCAGGUGUAGUUA